UGAUCAAACUCAUCUCAUCUCAACCCAUCUUCAACACCGACAAUGGCAGAAAAAGUUAGAUACUACCUCGAACAGGCCGUUCCCGAGCUCGAGGACCUUCAGAAGAAAGGUCUCUUUGAGAAGCAUGAGAUCACCAUGAUCAUGAGACGCAGAACCGAUUUCGAACACAGAAUUCAGGGCAGAGGGUCCACCACCAGAGAUUUCAUCAAGUACUCUGAGUUCGAAAGAAACCUCGAAAAACUUCGUAAAAAGAGAUACACCAGGCUUGGUAAAGCUGGGCUUGUGGAUACAAAACCCAGUAUCUCCGAUUGGGCGGGCGUAAGAAGAAUCCUCUUUGUGUAUCAGAGAGGAACCUACAAGUAUCCUAAGAAUCUCGAAUUAUGGGCACAAUACUUGGACUUUGCAAAGAAAAAUGGAGCCAUCAAGGUUGUAUAUAAGAUAUACUCAAGGCUUCUUCAGUUACAGCCCCGUAACGUCGACGCAUGGCUUUCGUCGGCAAAAUAUGAAUUUGAAAUCAACAAUAAUGCCAAGGGUUCCCGAGUUCUCUUCCAAAGAGCCUUGAGAUUAAAUCCCGAAUCAUCUGAGUUGUGGUUGAACUACUUCCAGUUCGAAUUGACAUACGUCUCCAAACUUUUGACGAGAAGAAAGGUAUUGGGACUUCUCACCGAAGGACAGCAGCGGGAACAAAUGGAAAAAGAAGUAAAAGAAUACCACGACAAAUUGAACCAAGAUAACGCAUUGAACGGAGACGGACAGGAUGAUAACGAAAUUGCUCUUCCUACCGAAGAAUUGCGAGAUGAAUUGAACACUUUACCGGAGGCUGAUAUGAACAUGUUAGGAAACCCUGAAACCAACCCAGCAUUAAAAGGAGAUGUUGCCUUGGCCAUUUUUGACGCUAGUUUACCAGAAUUGAUCAAACCAAAGUUGUUCAAGAGAGUAGAAAAGUUGUUUGUGCUCAUUAACCGGUUUCUUGAUAUCAUUGACAAAUUCGACGAUUUGAACCAAGACUACCUUUACCUUCAUGUUUUGUCGAUGUUGCAGUCAGAAUACCCCCACGAGUUGAAUACGGCUCUCAUAGACAUAACUUUACCCAUCAGAACCGUGUCCAGAAAUGAGCCCGAUUUUGCUGCAAAUUUGCAACUUUCGGUGAACAAAUUCAUGGCCUACAAAUUGAAGACCGAAGGACUAGAAAAAUCCGAGUUGGUCAAAGCGUAUGUCAACUAUUUGGAAAAGUUUGUGGAAGGUGACGAUGGGUUGAUGAGAGCAAUUAUCAAAAAGUGCAGAGAUUAGUACAGUAAUAUACAUUCAGUCUCUUUUAGCGACCCCAGCUUCAUGGUCAAUGGCCAAAUACUUGUUUUUGGCAAACUUGAUGCUGAUAAUAUUGUAGGCAAAUGCCAACGUGAUCAUCCCCGAUACCAUUGCCACCAAAGUCAUGUACCCUAAGAAUGCAGUGUAGGUGAUGGGCAAGAUAUUUACCGGAAAGCUAUAAAACCCAUCCACAAAUGGAAGCCCAUUGCGUUCUCUAUAGUUCAAGGUGACAGAGUCCAUGGCGUUGAGAUUGUCAAACCAUCUGACAGCCAACUUCAAAGUCAAAUCUUCCCCAAUGACAAUUCUGGUGGCAUUGGUGCUAGAACUAAAAGCGAUGGAACUGAUCAACGUGUUAAGUUCAUUUUUUCUGGGCUUGACGAAUAUCACGUUCAUCGAUUCGUCGAUGUCCAAAUGGCUAUCGUGGAUUUCACCCCUGAAGUUGAAGUUCAACGGAAUAUACGCUCCUCCUUUCUCCAAAUAAUUCUGUUCGGUACUCAAUGGAACCCUGCAGUUGAAAGGAACGUCUUCAUGGAUAUAAAGUUGGAACAAGUGAUACAACUCGUCCGUGAACGAGAUGGUGCAGUUGAGGUCUUCAUUGACAUUAUAUUUGAACAUAAGCGGGAGGCCUGUCUCCUUACAUGGCGGGAAUGGUACAUAUAAAAUUCUGUCUUGCGAAUCCUGCUUGUGUUCUCCCGUAUCUAUUUGUCGGGAAAUGCAAUCCAUGUAAAUGUUUUGACCUUCUUGGUAUGGCUCAAGGGCCAAAGGAAUCUCACCAUUCUUGGUUAACGGAUAGAACUGUGCGGCCACCAACGGCAACAUUAGAAUCCACAAAUAAUUGAACAUGGCUUGAAAUUGGCGUUUUGUUGAUGCUGGAGACUUUC